AGGAGGCGGCAGCGUCCCGGGCGGGCGGGAGGUGCACCAGCGGCGGCGGCAGCGGUAAAUCCUCCCGGCCGCUCACAGCACUGUGGAGCCGCGUCCCUAGCCCGGCCUCGGACCGCGGCGCCCCUCCUGCCCCUCGCGGCUGCUCGUCCGCCCGCCCCUCCCCGCGGCGCGCGGCCCUGCGGAGCCGGCCGGCCGGCCCGGCUCCCCUCCCCGGCCCCGACGGGCGGGCGCGCUGCCCUGAGGAGGCGGGGAGGGGCGGGCAGGGCCGGCCGGCGCGCGACGAUGCCGAACUUCUGCGCGGCCCCCAACUGCACGCGCAAGAGCACCCAGUCCGACCUGGCCUUCUUCAGGUUCCCGCGGGACCCGGCCAGGUGCCAGAAAUGGGUGGAGAAUUGUAGAAGAGCAGACCUAGAAGACAAAACACCAGAUCAACUAAAUAAACAUUAUCGAUUAUGUGCCAAACACUUUGAGACCUCUAUGAUAUGUAGAACUAGUCCUUAUAGGACAGUUCUUCGAGAUAAUGCAAUACCAACAAUAUUUGAUCUUACCAGCCAUUUGAACAAUCCACAUAGUAGACACAGAAAACGGAUAAAAGAAUUGAGUGAAGAUGAAAUCAGGACUCUGAAACAGAAAAAAAUUGAGGAGACGUCUGACCAGGAACAAAAACAUAAGGAAAUAAACAACAGCAAUGCUCAGAACCCCAGUGCAGAAGAGGGGGGUGAAGAACAGGAUGAAGACAUUUUGCCUUUAACUCUUGAAGAGAAGGAAAAUAAGGAAUACUUAAAAUCUUUGUUUGAAAUUUUGAUCCUCAUGGGAAAACAAAAUAUACCUCUGGAUGGACAUGAAGCUGACGAAAUCCCAGAAGGUCUCUUUACUCCUGAUAACUUCCAAGCACUGCUGGAGUGCCGAAUAAAUUCUGGUGAAGAGAUCCUAAGAAAACGCUUUGAGACAACAGCAGUUAACACAUUGUUCUGCUCGAAAACACAGCAGAAACAGAUGCUGGAAAUUUGUGAGGGCUGUAUUCGGGAAGAAACCCUCAGGGAAGUAAGAGACUCUCACUUCUUUUCCAUCAUCACCGACGAGGUUGUGGACAUAGCAGGGGAAGAGCAGCUGCCCGUGUUGGUGAGGUUUGUCGAUGACUCGCAUAAUCUGAGAGAGGAGUUUCUGGGCUUUCUGCCGUAUGAAGCCGAUGCAGAAAUUUUGGCUGUGAAAUUUCAUACGACGAUCACUGAGAAGUGGGGGCUCAACAUGGAAUAUUGCCGUGGGCAGGCUUACAUUGUGUCCAGUGGAUUUUCUUCCAAAAUGAAAGUUGUUGCUUCUAGACUUUUAGAGAAAUAUCCCCAAGCUGUCUACACACUCUGCUCUUCCUGUGCCUUAAAUAUGUGGUUGGCAAAAUCAGUGCCUGUUAUGGGAGUAUCUAUUGCAUUAGGGACCAUUGAGGAAGUUUGCUCUUUUUUCUACCGGUCACCACAACUGCUCUUAGAGCUUGAUAGUGUAAUUUCUGUCCUCUUUCAGAGCAACGAAGAAAGGGGUAAAGAACUGAAGGAAAUCUGCCAUUCUCAGUGGACAGGCAGGCAUGAUGCUUUUGAAAUUGUAGUUGACCUCCUGCAAGCACUUGUUUUAUGUUUAGAUGGAAUAACCAGUGACACAAAUGUUAGGUGGAAUAACUGUGUAGCUGGCAGAGCAUUUGUGCUCUGUAGUGCAAUAACAGAUUUUGAUUUCAUUGUUACUGUUGUUGUUCUUAAAAAUGUAUUAGCUUUUACAAGAGCCUUUGGGAAAAACCUUCAGGGGCAGACCUCUGAUGUCUUCUUUGCAGCCAGUAGCUUGACCGCUGUUCUGCAUUCACUCAAUGAAGUGAUGGAAAAUAUCGAAGUUUAUCAUGAAUUUUGGUUUGAGGAAGCCACAAAUUUGGCAGCCAAACUUGAUGUUCAGAUGAAACUCCCCGGGAAAUUCCGCAGAGCUCAGCAAAGUAAUCUGGAAUCUCAGCUGACUUCUGAAAUUUACUAUAAAGAAACUCUAAGUGUUCCAACAGUGGAGCACAUUAUUCAGGAAUUGAAGGACAUUUUCUCAGAACAGCACCUCAAAGCUCUUAAAUGCUUGUCUCUGGUGCCCUCUGUCAUGGGUCAACUCAAAUUCAACACGUCGGAGGAACACCAUGCGGACAUGUACAGAAGUGACUUGCCGAAUCCUGAUACUCUCUCAGCAGAGCUGCAUUGUUGGAGAAUCAAGUGGAAACACAGAGGAAAAGACAUAGAACUUCCUUCUACUAUCUAUGAAGCCCUCCAUUUGCCAGACAUCAAAUUUUUUCCAAAUGUUUAUGCAUUGCUAAAGGUCCUGUGUAUUCUUCCUGUGAUGAAAGUAGAAAAUGAGCGCUAUGAAAAUGGACGGAAGCGUCUCAAAGCUUACCUGAGCAACACUUUGAGAGACCAGAGGUCGAGUAACUUGGCUUUGCUUAAUAUAAAUUUUGAUAUAAAACAUGAUUUGGAUUUAAUGGUGGACACAUAUAUCAAACUCUACACAACUAAGUCAGAGCUUCCUACAGAUAAUUCAGAAACCGUUGAAAACACCUAAGAGACUUUAAAAUAGGGUUUAUCUUCCUUUUGAAAGCAUCUUACAGAAAAGCUAUGUUGUGUGUAGGCCACCCAGUCACUGACUGUCUUGACCAGUAGGUCUCCCAUUGAGUAUGUUCAUUUAUACUCGGAGACCGAACUGUUCUAAAAGAUAGCAUUGAAAGUGUCACAUCACAUUUCAGUGUGAAGUCUGCUAGUGGCUCUUUGGAGUUGUUUUUAGUUAUUUUAGACAUAACAUUAUCACUGUGGAUGUGAUAUUUGGGUAUUGAGUUACCAGUUCCUUGAAGAAAUAAAUUUGAGGUUGUGUGGGAGGAAUUCAUUUUAUAAAAUGUUACAUUAAAGCUCACAACUGACCUUUGACUGAUAAGAGUUCUAAGUAUUACUGUUAAAAAUCUGUACUGGACAAUUAAGAGAAUUACCAGAGAAAUGUGAGCUUGCCAAAGUGUAGAUUUUAAGUGUAGAUUUUGUCUUUAGCAAGUGAACUUAAAGAAACAGAUGAGUCUGCCAUUGUUGUUCCAUAACUGGUUGUUGCUGUUUGCAUUCCUUUGUUGAGCCUACAGAAGCUUUUAGCAAGUGGAUAUUGAACUUGUGUUUCAUGGUCGAGAUGGGAUCAGAGGCCAUGGAUACUGACAACUGAUUUGUUUUGCUUUCUUGUCUGUUCUCCAUGACUAUUAUCUACUGCCUCAUCUUGAUUUAUAAGUAAAACUUGGAGAACCCACAAGAAUUAUUGUUUUGUGGGCUUCCGGGAAUAAUAUGAAAAUAUUGCUGUUAUUUUUGGUGAAGGAAAUCAAUUUUGUAUAGUUUAUUUCAACCUAAAUAAAAUGUGAAUUUUGUUUAAAGUUUGGGUAUCUUAUUUUGGCGGGAACAAAAUGUUCUUGUGGUAAAUUCACUUUAAAAGCUGUUUUGAUUAUCACCACAUUUGAAAAUAAAUUCUCUAUUUUUUU